CCGGUGGUCAACUUGAAAACAUGCGUGUUUAGUGAGAUAGCCAUAACUCCGAUAAAUAAGUGUCCAGAUCGACUAUGAAAGUACUCGCAGACAUUGUUUUUUGUUGUUUUCCUGUUUACUUCAUGUGUCGGUGAUGUCGGCGAACGCAUCCAAGCACGAGCUGCUCCAGCUGAUCCACCGCCAUUUGAAAGAGCAUGGUUUCCACUCAGCUGCACAGGAGCUCCACGGGCUCUGCCCACAGGGUGACACAAAAUCAUCUGCAUCUCUACUAAAAAUCUACAAUUCAUGGUUGAAAAACUCCAAAAAGAAAAAGCAGCAUGGUAAAGUGAAGCACUCAAAUGCUGAUGGGCAAAAAACUCCAAGUAAAGCAAAAGGUGCUCAGGAUAAAAGUCCCAAGAAAAAAAGCAAAUCCAAGCAGGGAGCUGCAGAUGCCUUGUCAUCAGCUGUAACAGCACCCUCUCCUGCCAAAGCAAAGACGAAAAAAGACAAAGCGACAAAAAAGGCAGAAACUGGAAUAAAGAAGACUGCACCAGCAAAAAGGAAAAAGAAUGAGGGAAAAUCUACCGAAAAUCUUGUCAAGGCCAAGAAAUCAAAGACACAAGGAAAAGGCACGACUGUGGGUGGAGAAGGAGACGACUCAGACUCUGACAGCAGUCUGGAUGUGGAGAAAUGGAAGAAACUAGUCCAGGAGAUGACAGACGUUGACAUAGCCAAGAUGGACACCAUCAAUGCCCUAGACGCGUCUGCACCCCCACCCAAGAAAAAGAGAGUAAGGAAACCCCGAGCGAAGCCUCCUGCAAAAACAGAUUCUCCUAUUCAGCAGAAGAAUGAAAUAGGUGAACAGAAGGAGAAGGUGGAGGAGACGGUACUGAAAGAGAUGCCAGCAAAUGCAGAAAAAGAAAAGAUGAGCCGCCCAACAAAAGCAGCACCUGUGGUCUCCUUAGUCACCCCAAACCUUAAUGCAGUCGUCGACAAAGCAGAAACAUCAAAAGAGACACCAGAGAAGGAGAAAAGGAAAGCUGUGACUCCAAGUGAAGAAAACACUGAUGAGACUUUGUCUGAGCCCAAAAAGAAAAAGAAAAAGAAGGAACGAGAAGAUGCAAAAGAGACAGAAGAGGAGGGGAAAAAAACUAAUGGCAUAGAGAAAACAGCAAAGGAAGUCAAAGAGCAUGAAUGUGUUGAUAAAACUGUGCAGAAUGAAAAGACAAAAGGAGAAAACAAUAGGAAUCCACCUGAAGGAGACGUAAGAACAGAAGAGAGAAGUGACAACACGCACAGUUUGGACAUUCCAGAGCCGGUAGUUAAAGAAAAGAAAGCCAAGAAAAAGAAGAAAGAAAAAAGCAGGGAUGAUGAAAAAUCAGACACUACUGCUGAAGAAAAGGAAGCAGAGAUAAAAGAGAUGGUUCAUAGUGAGCAAAAUGUAGAAAACACAGUAGAACAAACCCACAAUUCAGAAGAUAUAGUUGUAAAAAAGAAGAAAAAGAAGAAAAAAAGACAUUCUGAGAAUAAUGAAGAAAAUUUAGAGCAGAACAUAGAAGAAAAUAAUGGCAUUUCAGAGCAGGUAGUGGAAGAACAGAAUAGAAUAAAGGGAGAUGAGAUCACUGAUGGCCAGGAAAAUCCAGAGCAAAUGGUUGAAAAAAAGAAAGCGAAAAAGAAGAAAAAGGCAAGUCCUGACGAGCAAAGUUCAGAGCAGCCAGAGGAAGAAAAGAAAACAAAGAAUAAAAAGGACAAAACUCCUCACAAGGAAACAUCGAAGCACAUAUUUGAAAAUACGUCAGAGCCACCAGAGAGCAUUAAUCAAGAGACACCACCAGAGCAAAAUGCUGAUGUGAAGACGAAAAAGAAGAAGAAAAAGGAACUGGUGUUACAAAAUAAUUCAGCUGAUGAAGUGCCACUACCUCCAUCCAUCCCUCAGUCACCAAGUCCUCCAACAGAGAAGAAGAAAAAGAAAAGCAAGUUGAAAUCUGAGGACAAACAUGGAGGCACAACAUCCCUCAAAUGACACACUGAAACAGAAAAAGUAAACAUCUGACACCACAGAACCACGUAUGUGUGUGAUUCAUCAUCUCACAAAACAGAAGAUGAAGACAACACAUAUCAUUCCAUCCUACUUCUACAGCUGUUUUAAACAUUUGAUUUACACUUGUAAAGAGAUAUUAUGAGUUUUUUUAACCUGUGAUACAGUUUUACAUUUUUAAUGUUUGGUACAUUUGUCCACUGUAUUAGCCAUAAGUUGUUUUUUUUAAAUCCAUAUGUAUGGUAACUGCCGUUUUAAUGGCAUGGUGUGCUAAAUCAUCUACAUCCGAUUGUUUUAUGAAGAUGAUUCCCUUGUUAAAAAAAUCAUGUAUCAUUUUUUAUCACACCUGUGAAUAACCCAUGUAUGAGAGUUUCAAUAAGAAUACUUAUUGAUAUCACAUAAAUGAGGUAUAAUUAAAGAUAUAAGACGAAUAAGAAAAUUCUGCAGGGAAAAAUGGAUCAUGGUUUUUAUUAUUAAAAAAUAUUGAAAAAGUGGAAAAUUGUCUCAAUUUAAAUCAUUUUUAUAUGGGUGGAAGUUACAUGUUUGUAAGCAUGUUUUUUGUAACUUUUUCGGAGUUUUGAUACAUUGGGACUUAAAUACAAAAUAAACGUAUUAGUUUUCUAAA